CGAGACCGCGAAGAUUGUUUUUGUCCCGCCGAAACCGAGCAAAGCACGCUGGAACUUGUAGUCCUUGAGGCCCCUUCCUUAGGUCCUUCAAGCUACUCCGUCCGGCCCCGCCUAUUCUCUGCUCUCCUGAACCUUUAGGCUCGUCUCGGCCCAUUUGAAGACCAGGAAGUUGAUCAAUCCCGAGGCUGCUGAGAGACGGUGGCGCGAGUGGGACAGUCGCCAGGGAUGGCUGAGCGUGAGGAUGCAGCGGGUGUCCGGGCUGCUCUCCUGGACGCUGAGCAGAGUCCUGUGGCUCUCGGGCCUCUCUGAGCCGGGAGCUGCCCGGCAGCCCCGGAUCAUGGAAGAGAAAGCGCUAGAGGUUUAUGAUUUGAUUAGAACUAUCCGGGACCCAGAAAAGCCCAAUACUUUAGAAGAACUGGAAGUGGUCUCAGAAAGUUGUGUGGAAGUUCAGGAGAUAAAUGAAGAAGAAUAUCUGGUUAUUAUCAGGUUCACGCCAACAGUACCUCAUUGCUCUUUGGCGACUCUUAUUGGGCUGUGCUUAAGAGUAAAACUUCAGCGAUGUUUACCAUUUAAACAUAAGUUGGAAAUCUACAUUUCUGAAGGAACCCAUUCAACAGAAGAAGACAUCAAUAAGCAGAUAAAUGACAAAGAGCGAGUGGCAGCUGCAAUGGAAAACCCCAACUUACGGGAAAUUGUGGAACAGUGUGUCCUUGAACCUGACUGAUAGCUGUUUUAAGAGCCAUUGGCCUGUAAUUGUUUGAUAUAUUUGUUUAAACUCUUUGUAUAAUGUCAAAGAUUCAUGUUUAAUACAUAGGUGAUUUGUACCUCAGAGCAUUUUUUUAAAGGAUUCUUUCCAAGCCAGAUUUAAUUGUAAGGUAGUACCUAAUUUGUUCAAUGUAUAACAUUCUCAGGAUUUGUAACACUUAAAUGAUCAGACAGAAUAAUAUUUUCUAGUUAUUAUGUGUAAGAUGAGUUGCUAUUUUUCUGAUGCUCAUUCUGAUACAACUACUUUUCGUGUCAAAUAUCUACUGUGCGCAAAUGUACUCAAUUUAAAUCAUUACUCUGUAAAAUAAACAGAUGAUUCUUGUAA